AUGGUCAAAGCCAAACGGCCGUCAGGGAAGUUGGAUGGAUGGUGGGAGCCAGUUCCAUUCAUGGUGAAAAGAAGGGUAGACCCCGCUAUUUCGGUCUAUGAGGUAGAGCCAGUAGGGACAGGGGAACCCUCACGGAACUUACACCGCAAUAUGCUGAGACGUUGCAAUUUUGAUGAGCCGGUGUGCGUAGAGGGGGUGCCUCCUCACUCUCAGGGUGUGGAGGAAAGUCCCUCAGAUGAGGAAGAGGAGGAAUGGUGGGUCGUCCCUGCUCAAAAAUCUCCCAUUGUCAGAGCCAAUAACCAGAACCUCAGCUUCAUUCUACUGACCUCUCUCAUGUUCAGCUUACUCUGUGUGUUUCUAUUCAUCGGUCGUCCAGUGGAUGUAACCUGCAUGCUACAACAAAUCUGCUUUGGGAUCUUCUUCACAGUAGCUGUGUCUUCUGUCCUGGCCAAGACCAUCAUAGUCUGUAUAGCAUUCAAGGCCACCAGACCUGACAGCUCCUGGAGAAAGUGUGUGGGAGUUAAGCUUCCUUAUUCUGUAGUGUUGGUCUGUUCAUCUAUUCAGGUUCUGAAUGCAGUUAUCUGGUUGUCAGUUUCUCCUCCAUAUCAAGAGCUAAACUUGGAUUAUCCUGGGAAGAUCAUCCUCCAGUGUAAUGAAGGUUCUGUCUUGGCUUUUUACCUCAUGUUGGGUUAUAUGGGGUUUCUGGCGGCUUUGAGUUUUGUUCUGGCUUUUAUGGUGAGGACAUUACCUGACAUCUAUAAUGAAGCCAAGUUCAUCACCUUCAGCAUGCUGGUGUUCUGCAGUGUCUGGAUCUGCGCCAUCCCAGCCUAUCUGAGCAGUACAGGGAAGCACAUGGUCAUCGUGGAGAUAUUUGCCAUAUUGUCCUCAGGAGGUGGAAUAUUGAGCUGCAUGUUUUUACCUAAAUGUUAUAAUAUUCUGGUAAAGCCCGAAGUAAGCAGUAAAAGACAAUAUUUAGAGAAAUGUCCUCAGUACAAAUAA